AUGCUCACCAACGAAGAAGAAUCCAAUUUUCGCAUCUUCCUCGAUUGUUUAUCGACCCCUCUUAUCGACCGAUGUACAUCUGCCUCAAACCCUAAUGCCUCCAAACGGAAAACGAGAGGGAAAGCAAAGGUUGGAAGAAAAGGAGCUAUCAAACCUAUAUCGAAAGAUAUAGAUGUAGACGAAGCGGGCAUUAAUGAUGCAGCCGAACUUGCCGACUUUAUUGAAUACAUCGCCCACGAAAUAUUUACUCAUCUCCCACCCGAACUCCAAACAUUAUCAUACACAAACUACAAAACCAAUGCAACCCUCCAAAAAAUCUACCCCAACCUCAACCCCCUCGAUCCCGAAACCUCAAAUAAAAUCACUCAAGCUCUUCCCCCCAGCAUUCCCGAUUCACUACACACCUACUCCCUCCUCCCCCCAUCCACCACACUCUCCGAAUUUCUCCACCCAGUCCUCAGCACCUACACCACUCAACUUCUCGCCACACCCCCUCCACCCCACGAACUCAAAGUCUUGAUCAGCGCAUGCGAAUUAUGCGAUCGCGAUUGGAUUCCCCUGACAUAUCAUCAUCUCAUCCCUAAAUUCGUACAUGCAAAGGUAUUAAAGCGGGGUUGGCAUGCCGAGGAAGAAUUAAAUAAUGUAGCGUGGUUAUGUCGUGCGUGUCAUAGUUUUGUACAUCGCGUGGCUGGUCAUGAGGAAUUGGCGCGGGAGUAUUAUACGGUGGAGUUGCUUGGGGAGAGGGAGGAUGUGGCGCGUUUUGUGGAGUGGGUUGGGAGGGUUAGGUGGAAGAGUAGGUAG